CAUGCAUCAAAUAUCCCCACUUCCUCCAAUUGCAAAAACCAAAAGAAGAAAAAGAAAAGGGAAAGAACAGAACAAAACAGAAAUACACACCACCUCCAUUCCCCAUCCAUAUCCACCUCACCCAACUCAUCAUCGCCAUCCAACAAAAAAACCAUGCCACCACCCCCCUCCAACAACCCUCAAACCCUAACCGCACACCUCCUCUCCCUCUUCCCCGCGCACUUCACAGCCGCGACGCAAACCCCUUUCCUCCGCGCAGCCGCCACCAACGCGCUCCCCAAACCUCUGCUCGACAAAUGGCUCGCCAACGACCUGCUCUACAUGCGCGCCUACAUCAAGCUGGCAGGGUACCUGCUGCAGAUUCUCGAUUUGCCGGCCGCGGCCGCGGCUGCGAGACCUGCACCGGCGCAAGAAGGAAAUGAGACGGAAAUCGCAGACUCCAUCUCGCACCGCCUCGUCGACUGGCUCGUCGACGCCCUCGUCAACAUCCGCCGCGAGGAGCGCUUCUUCGCCUCGGUCGCGACAAAGUACAACAUCGACAUCUCGCUGGCUGCAUCUGCUCCGGGCACGCACGCCUCGGAGGUCGACGACAGUUUGAAGAUCGCCGGGUUGAGGAAGUUCGAGGCGCUGGUCGGGGAUUUGACGAGCCAUGAUGAUGGGAAGAUGGGGGAACAGCAGCAGCAGCGGGUUCUACCAUGGCUUGAAGGCGCCGUCCUCUUCUGGGCGACGGAGAAGGUGUAUCUUACGGCUUGGAGGUGGGCGGCGGAGCAGGCCGGAGGUGCUGCUGUUUCUGCUCCUCAAGGUGGUGCCGAGGUGCUGGAUGUCAUGAAGACGGAGUUUAUCCCCAAUUGGACCAACGACGAGUUUGUCGAGUUCGUGGAGACGCUGGAGCGCAUUGUGAACGACGGGGUCAGGGAAGCCGUCGGCGGGGAUCAAGGGAAAUGGGAAGACGUCAUGCGGAGGGCCGAGGGAGUCUGGAGGAGGGUGCUGGAUGCUGAAGCCGACUUUUGGCCAGAGGUUGCACAUGUUUGAGGGGCAGGGUUCCUCUGCAUAUUGAAAAGCCUGGAACGUAUAUAUUUUCGACCUCGUUCCAUCGAGACGUCUUUACUUAUAACACCCCUGCUCUCAUCCUACUCUUUCUAUGUACACGCGCAAAAAGCAGCGCUGGCUCGCAAACGAAAAGCACUCAGGCAAAUCAAAUCAAAACCAGAGGCAAGGAAAAUACCAAAAGCAGCGUAUACAACCAAAACAACCACAAC